GAUUUACUAUACAGAAUAAGAAUUGAUACCGAAUGGAAUUUGAAAAGCAAAAUGAAGUCUGGAUUUUUUCAGAUGCUGAGGAAGAGGAAAGAGCUGAUUCCUCUGAUCGACUUCAUGGCGUUGGCUGCAGCAAGAGCCACCUCUGCCUCCCUCUACUUCCUAUUUACAAAGAAUGAUGUCAUUUUAAAUAAAAGUAGAAACCCUGAACCCUGGGAGGGAGUGGACCCAUCUAAACCACAGAAGCUGGUCACUAUCAACCAGAAAUGGAGGCCCAUUGAAGAACUGCAACAGGUGAAGAGUAUGACCAAGUGA